AUGCCCCGCGCCGCCCGCGCGCCUUGGGCGCCGCUUGCGCUCCUGCUCCUCCUGCCCCUCGCCGCGGUGCCUUCCAAGCUGAACAUCCCCAAAGUGCUGCUGCCCUUCGCGCGCGGCACCGCGAUCAACUUCACUCUGGAGGCGAGCGAGGGCUGCUACCGCUGGUCUUCCACAAGACCAGAGGUUGCCAGCAUAGAACCUAUAGAGCAAGACAAUGACCAGUGUUCACAGAGGGCUAUUGUCCAGGCCCGAUCAUCACAAGGAACACGCCUUACAAGUAUUAUUUUGGCUGAAGAUGUUUCCACUGGCCAAGUGCUUCGCUGUGAUGCCAUAGUUGACAUUAUUCAUGACAUUCACAUAGUGUCCACGACAAAAGAGCUCUAUCUAGAGGAUUCACCACUGCAGUUGAACAUCCAGGCAUUAGAUUCCGAAGGAAACACUUUCAGCACUUUGGCGGGACUUGCGUUUGAGUGGACAGUCAUGAAAGACCCAGAAAUUAAUGGAUUCUCAGACUCCCAUAAUGCACUGCGUAUCCUGAAGUUCUCAGAAUCAACAUAUAUACCACCUCCCUAUAUAUGGGGGAUGGAAAAAGUUGGCAAACAAGGAGACAUUGUGCUAGUGUCUGGCAUGAAAACAGGAAGUUCUAAAUUAAAAGCAAGAAUACAAGAAACUACUUAUAAGAAUGUGCCUGCUGCUGAAGUCAGAUUGUUUAUUUUGGAGAACAUCAUAUUAAAUCCAGCUUAUGAUCUCUACCUACUGGUAGGAAUGUCAGUGCAAUAUAAAGUUCAGAAAAUAAGGCGAGGGAAGAUUACAGAGUUAUUGAUGCCUUCCGACCACUACGAACUGCAGCUUCGCAAUGACACCCUCAGCCCGGGGGGAGAUCCUGCCUGGCCUGUUGCCAAGCUGAACCAGGCAACGUCCACUGUUACUGCAUUGCAGCGGGGUCAGAGUAAUGUUGUACUUUCCCACAAAAGCAUUUCUAUGCAAGGUGCUUCCAAAUUACCAAAUGGCACCAUUUAUGUUGUGGAUCCAGGAUACUUAGGAUUUUCAGUUCGUCCUGGCGACAAGUGGGUCCUGGAAACAGAAAGGCUAUAUGAAAUCACCAUUGAAGUGUAUGAUAAAUCAAGUAAUAAGUUGCAUUUAUCUGAUAAUCUCAGAAUUGAAGCAUACUUAUCAGAAGAAUAUUUCAGGGUUCUCCAGUCCUCUCUGAAUGGUUCCUAUCAUUAUGUGAAAGCAAUAAAGGAUGGCCACACCAUUUUAAGUGCUUCAUUAACAUCUAUUGUCGAUCAGGAUGGAGGUGUUCACACAUUGCCCGUUCCUGUACAAAACGAACAAGAAGUAGACAUUUAUGGUCCCAUUACUCUUGCACCAAGUAUUUUGACGUUUCCAUGGCAACCAAAAGCAGGAUCCUAUCAGUAUACAAUAAAGGCUCGUGGUGGAAGUGGCAAUUUCACUUGGUCUUCAUCUAGCCAAAAUGUUGCUACAGUUACAGUGAAGGGAGUAAUGACAACUGGGAAUGAGAUUGGUGUCAGUAUUAUACGUGCCAGCGAUGUCCAGAAUUCUUUGCAUUAUGGAGAAAUGAAGGUAUACGUGACAGAACCGAGUGGCAUGGAGUUCAUCCCAUGUCGAGUUGAGGCCCGUGUGGGUGAGAUCCUGGAGCUGCCUCUGAGGAUUAAUGGCUUAAUGAAUCAAGAAACUGGUCAGAUGGUCACCUUGAGUGACUGUUCACAUUUUGAUUUAGUUGUCGAUAUUGAAAAUCGUGGGGUGUUCAGUCCAUUUCCAGGGAGACUAAAGCCAACGUCUGACUACUGCAGUGGGGUCAGAGUAAAAGCUGAAGGCCAAGGAUACACAGCUCUAGUGGUCAGCUAUACACAUGAUCAUAUUCAUCUCAGCGCCAGUAUCACCAUAGCUGCCCAUGUACCACUGAAAACUGUUGAUCCUGUUUCUUCUGCCUUGGUAACUUUGGGCUCCUCCAAAGACAUUCUGUUUGAAGGUGGACCCAGGCCAUGGGUUCAAGAGCCAUCCAAGUUCUUCAGGAACAUCACUGCUGAUGAUCCAGAACAUGUUGGUUUGUCCUUGCUAGGACCCCCUACAACUAGGAAUCCUUUCCAGCACUGGGUUAGAGCAUCUUGCAAAGCUCUGGGGGAACAAGUAGUUUCAUUAACUAUUGGAAACAGGCCCACCGUUACCAACCCCUUUCCUGCUGUGGAACCUGCUGUUAUGAAGUUGAUCUGUGCCACUCCCUCGCGACUCACUUUGGCACCUCAGUAUGCAAGUCCUGAACUACUUCUCUCCUGUCCUUUUCUUCAUCAAAACAAGCAAGGGGUUUCUAUCUCAAAUUAUCGCAAUCCAAUAUUGGAGCUGGAGGUUUAUGAUCAACAAGGGCAUAAAUUUGAUAAUUUUAGUUCCCUUAAUAUUAUCUGGGAAUCAACAAAAUAUUCCUUAGCAAGCAUAGAGACCAAUAUGCCAAUGGAACUGUCUUUGAAAGAUCAUGGAAGCACUCAAAAGAAAAUGCAAGGUUUACAAACUGUUUUAGUUCAUCAUAAAUCUGGAACAACAACCAUAUCUGCUACUGCAACUGGGUAUCAGCAUUCUCAUCUGAUUGCCAAUGAAGUGAAUAAACCGUAUGAACCUAUUAUACCUGUGUCUGCUUCUACUGAACUAAUACUUGUAGAAGAUGUCAAAGUAAGACCUAAAGAAGUAACAAUCUAUAAUCAUCAGAAUGUCAAGACUGAACUGUUCAUUGAGGAAGGCUCUGGGUAUUUUUUCAUCAAUACCAGUGUGGGCAACAUUGUGAAAGUGGCUUAUGAAGAAGCUCAGGGUGUUGCUGUGGUAUAUCCAUUACACCCGGGGUCAGUGUCCAUAAUGAUUCAUGACUUGUGCCUUGCUUCUACUUCUAUUGCCAAAGCUGAGGUGUAUGUUUCUGAUAUACAUGAAGUAUAUGUUGCAGUUGUUGACAAGGUAGAAAUUGGUAAAAAAAUUAAAGCUUAUGUCAGAGUGCUGGAUGCUUCCAAGAAAUACUUUCCAGCUAAAUACUUCAGUUUCAUGGACUUAAACUUAAAGGCAGCAUCUCAGAUUAUUUCUUUGAUACCUCUCAGCGAAACCUCUGAUGACUACACUGCUGCUUUCCUAGUUCAUGGAGUGGCCAUAGGUCAAACCAGUCUUACAGCAGUUGUCACUGACAGAUAUAGAGAGAGAAUCUAUUCAGCUCCACAGCAGAUCGAAGUCUUCCCUCCUUUUAGACUGAUGCCAAGAAAAGUCACUUUACUGAUAGGUGCAGUGAUCCAAAUUAUCUCAGAGGGAGGACCGCAGCCUCAGUCUAACAUAAUCUUCUCCAUCGGUGAUACCAAUAUUGCUUCUGUGAACAGCGGUGGCCUGAUAACAGGAGUGUCAGCUGGCAACAGUUCUCUUACAGGGACGGUUCAAGCUGUAAACGUGGAGACUGGCAAAGUCGUGGUGGUUUCCCAGGAUAAAGUGGAAGUUGAAGUAAUUCAACUUGAGGCAGUUCGAAUCCAUGUACCCAUUACACGAAUGAAAACUGGCACUCAGAUGCCAGUGUAUGUCAUGGGCAUUACCAGCAAUCAGACACCUUUUUCAUUUGGCAAUGCAGUGCCAGGAUUAACAUUUCAUUGGUCUGUCACCAAGAGGGAUAUCCUGGGUGUCAAAUCAAGAUUCAGUGAGGCUUCUCUUCAGCUUUCUGCUCAAAAUAACUUUGCUAUGGAUGUUUAUGGUAAAGGCAAAGGAAGAGCAGGUUUGAAGGUUGUUGUGAAAGCCCUUGACCCAUCAGCUGGACAGUUUUAUCACAUGGCAAGAGAAUUGUCCGAUGAAAUCCAAAUACAGGUAUUUGAGAAACUAGUUAUUAUGGGUGUAGAAGUAGGACAGAUCUUAAUGUCACCAAACUCUUUUUUUAAAGUUCAAACCAACAGGGACAGAGUUGCUGCUCUGAGUUACCGGGUACUGGAUGGUCAUGAGAGAGUCCCUGUUGUCCAGAUUGAUGAGAAUGGCCUUCUAAAUUCUGGAUCCCUGAUUGGAAUGUCAACAAUUGAAGUAAUUUCACAAGAGCCAUUCGGAAUCAACCAGACCCUUGUAGUCGCCGUCAAGGUGGCUCCUAUUUCCUACCUGAGAAUAUCCAUGCUACCAAUUUUCCACAAACACAACCAUGAGGUAUUGAUGACAUUACCAUUGGGCAUGACCUUCACCUUGACCAUCCACUUCCAUGACAACUUUGGAGAUACUUUUCAUUCACAAAAUUCCAUGCUUGGCUUUGCAACCAACAGAGAUGAUUUUGUACAGAUUGCGAAAGGAGUGUCCAACAACACAUUAACAAUACGAACAAUGAAUGUAGGCCUCAGUUUGCUCAAGGUUUGGGAUCUAGAGCACAGCAAUAUUGCAGAUUAUGUGCCACUUCCAGUGCAACAUGCCAUCUACCCUGAGCUAGGAGCAAUUACUGUAGGUGAUGUCAUUUGCUUAACUUCAUCACUGGUGAACCAAGAAGGUAUGACAGGAACAUGGAGUUCUUCUUUAAACAGUGUUCUUCAGAUUGAUUCAAAGACAGGAGUAGCUGUAGCAAGGAAUUCUGGAACUGUUACAAUAUAUUAUGAGAUUCCUGGACUAUUUAAGACGUAUCAGGAGGUAUCAAUUAAUGUACCUCAAAUCAUUGUGGCAAUUGAUGGAAGUGGAAUGAAGAUGAGUAUGCAGGAUGCUUUGACUUCAAAAGUUUUAGUUAAAAUUGGGGAUGGAAGCAAAAAUAUGAAAGGAGAAUGUUCACCUGCCCAAAUCGAAGUUAUUGAAGAAAUGAGACCUCAGUCUAGUAUGAGUUGCCAACUUCAUUUCAGCAACAAUGUAUUUGAUUUCUCAGCCUCUGAAAUUUUUACAGCAGAACCAGGAUUUGAUACAGCUUCAGGACACUACUUUUGUUCCAUCAGAAUGCAGAAACUGGAUGACAAGCAACUCACGCAGCUAAGCAUGAGUAAAACUGCUGCCAUGCUAACAGCUUCAUUCCAGGGCAACCAAUUCUCUGCAGAACAGAUCAGUACUGAAGUGCCAUUUAAUCCGGGAUUUUAUGCUAAUCAGUCAGAAAUCAUUCUCAGUGGCCAUUCCCCAAGUUCUGAUGUGAAAAUCUUUGGAGCCAUUGAAAUUCUCCAAAACCUGGAUGUGAAAUCUGGCUCACCUUUGGUGGUGACCUUUGAGAAGGAAAGAUCCUAUGGCUUGCCUAGCUAUGUCACAUAUACUGUGAGCUUAUCGGACCCAAGGCUCACAAGCAAAGGGCCUUUAUCGACUACACUCACUAUAUCCAGUGCAGUAACUGACCAGUCUAUUGCUAUCCCAGUGACGAUGAUUUAUGUAUCUGACAAAGCUCUAUCAAUGAGACAUGAAGCAAGUUUAUUCCAUCAUUUCUUUGAUUCCUAUCAAGCCAUAUUUUUCACUCUGUUUGCCCUGGUGGCAGGGAUGGCUGUUAUGAUAAUAGUACACUAUGCUAUUUUCUCACCAAAGGAACAUCAAACUCAUCCAGCUUUUAUCGCAAGGACAAGUCCUCAGCACAGACAACGUGUCGGGUUUCCCACGUCAUCUGCAACUUCUUUCAGUUCUAUAUCUGCAAGCCAUGAGAAUGGCUCUCCUACCAAGCUGUGGAGUCCUGGUUACGCUUCACAUUGAAGAAACCAUUUUCUACGCAGAUUCUUGUUUGGAUGUUUAGUGCUUAAUGCCUUUGCUAGUAAUGAAUUCAAUACCAGAUGGAGGUUCAUUGAAGUUUAGUUUUGCUUAGCUUAAGAAAAUAAGUUUUUAUUUCUAAAAUGCAAUGUAAUUACUGAACACAUUUUAGUGCACAUAGCUGUACAUCUGUUAUGUAGAUUAUUCUCAGUACUAUGGUGGUAAAGGACCACUGGGCAAUAUACAGUAUCUCAGCUGAACAUGCCUUUCCCUUUCUCUUUCUGCAUGCUUCUGUCAGUUUCAGCAAUAUCUUCUAAUUCUCAGUAUAGAUGCAUUGCAUUUUUGUUUACUUCCUGUGGAAAUUAUAUUUUUAUAGUUUCAUAAUGAGGCUUUAUGCUAUUAAAGAACAGAGACAAUAAUAAAACACAUGAAAGAGUAUAUGGUUCUAAAGGACUAAACUUUUAGUUUGGUUUCAGGUUUUAUUAAUCUCUUUUGAGACUCAGGAAUAAAAAUACUGCACUGAUAUAUUUUCACACUUUAGCUUUACAUAUCUUUGAAUCUGCCAGUUUAGAAAGCAGUUACACUAUAAAAACUGUGCCUUUUUUAUAUGAAUUGAACCCUUUACCUACAACUGGUCAACAGCAAUAUGCACUUCACUUGCUGCUGCUGCAAAGACAAAGGCCUUCUUGCAUUGCUUUGUAAAUGAUACUUUUUAUGGUAGCUCUUAUAUGACUUUUUGAAUGAAGAGUUUAUUUUAUCCAAUAUUUUAUUUUAUGAGAAUAUGUGUGUGUGUGUGUGUAUAGAGAGAGAGAGAUGUAAAUGUAAAAGGGAGUGCAUCUUUAUUAUUUCUUUGCAAAUAUAAAAUACCUCAACAAAACGGAGUGUCUCUGUACAUCUGGUUCCCUGUCAAAGUACAAUCGAUCAGAAAGCUUAGCUCUAAGUGCUGUGAAAGUGUGAAUGCCAUUGAAAUGUGAACAAGGAAGCCUUCAGUGAUCAAAAACUGACUCAAUUGUUUCAAAUAUUAAUUGAAACAAUUAAUAUUUGACUUUCAUUUUGUUUAAUGCUGUAAACUGUGUGCACACAUGUAUCCUCUAACCCAACUCAAGUUAAUGCAAACUCACUGUACAUUUCAGAACCAAAUUUCUCCUAAAAAAAUACACACCUUUGAUACAGUUACUAUUUUAUUUAGGUAUAUGCUUAACAGUGUACCCAUGUAACUACUAAGUCACAGCAUGCACUAUAUAUCUGGUCUGCUGAUUGCAACAUUUCAUGUACUGCUGUACCUGGUAUAAAGCUGAAUUGAAUUUGCUUCUCAGCCAUCUGGUUUCAUUGGAAUUACAAAGAUGAUUUGUUGUAGACGUCCUUUUCUUCCUGCCAUUGUUGCUGGGAGUUGCGUGACUUCAUUCCAUGGCUGAAAUAAUCAUAAGCAUAGUUUUUGCAGCAGUAAGAAACUUGGAAGUUCAUGUGGAGUCAAUGUUUCCAAAUUAAAAUUUAUUAGCCACACCUUCACAAAAGCAUGGCUGUCCAGAAGAUCCUUUAUUAGAUCAAAGAAUCGGUCACAGUGAAAAUCCAAUCUCAGCAACCUGCCAGAAAACAAGGCUGCUAAUAAAAUAUAAAGAUGGAGUGUUUGCAGAAGUUGAAAUAAACUGAUGUGAUGUUUACCCAGAAGGUGUCCUCAGUGUCUGGUCUUAGGAUAUAAACAUUUAUGCCAUUUAUUUCCUUAUUUUUAGCAUAAAAUACUAUCUGGUGCUGGAAUGGUUUUAUACAUUCUUUCCUUUCUAUUUUAACUAUUUUUGAGAAUGGGGAGACUCAGCAUUGAACAGAACAAGCCUGAGUGUGACUGGUGGAACCUGGGGGCAAAAUGGCCCACAGUCCAGGCAGCUACUGCCAGUCCAAGACGAGGUUGAAGCGGCUUUUUUCCUUGUAGCAAGACUUUAAACAUUUGCCUCUUGAUGCUCAUAGCAGAAGUCACUCCAUUUGGGGGCUGCAUUUCUUUCCACUGGUAGAAACCAACAGAGGCACCAAAAUAGUAUCUUAACUCCCUGCCAGCCAUCAUGGGGCGGGGAGAAUAUUAGGAGACUUGAAUUCUAAUACUGUGAGGUUGUGACUGUGAAGAAUCUGCUUGAAUGAAUUCAAAAAGCCAAAUCUGUUAAUGAAAGCAAUGUUGCAUAGAAAAUUUAAAAAGCCUUGUAACAGGUGUAUUUUUUAUUAUUGAAAAAAGCAACAUUUUCUAUUAAUUGCCUGGUGCUUGAGAAAUAAAGAUGUGCUUUAACACCUAA